UGAAACCCGAUGGAGGUAGCGAUUGAGUGUGAUGUCUAUCCCGCAAAAACCCAAACGUCUUCCUGUUAUGUUGACAGAUGGAAGGUCUUUCAGAGUUGGACCGAUAGAAGCCGCGAAUGGAGGGGAUGAAUGUGGAAGGUGGAAGAGCAGCAGCAGUGUGCGCCUUCCUGACCCCGCCGUCCCUCACUGCGCUCCCACAGUGUCCAGACCUGGAUGAUCUCACGUUACAGGCAUCGACAAAGCUCCGCCUGGGUCUGGCUAUAAUUCUCACGGAGGAUGACGCAAACAGGCAUCUCAAUGGCGACGAUGCGAGCGAUUUAAUUCCAUCGUCCGGUUUGCUACACGGCGACACGCGCCUCUCGACAGGCGACAAACUUUGGACGCGCUGGCCACUGUCGAUCCACUGCUUGCCGAAUGGGAUGCGAUACGCAUAGUACUGAUGAACGGCGUUGAAAGUCGUAGAUAGAUCCUAUGCUACCUAUUCAUGCUUAGGAGCCAGCCGCAGCAGAGGCAAUACCUCCGUUGACCAUGAAUAAUAUACAACAAUAGCCAAGACGCCUGACCCGUUACGCCU